AUGUCCUGCAAAGGGAACUACUCUCCUCACCUACGUGCACACACUCCUCUGCCAUGCCAUAAAGUGUGUGACGUAGCCGACAGCUCCAGUAUGAAAGGGCAAACUCUGCUCAGUCGGGUAGAUAGUGUAGUGCAGUGUCGCUCAGAUCCACCUGAUGCACCUGAUGCCAGAGUCCCGGCUCUGAAAGCUCACCUGUGGCCGGACAGUGCAAAGAAAACCUUAGGGAUGGAGAGGCUGCUGAGGAAAUGUCAGAUCAGAAACCAGCUGGUCAGAGAGUGCAUGGCUGAAUGCCUUGGAGUCUAUAUCCUGAUUCUGUUUGGAUGUGGCUCUGUUGCCCAGGUGACCACAACUGAAGAUAAGAAGGGGCAGUAUCUGUCAAUCAAUCUGGGUUUUGCUCUGGGAGUGACAUUUGGGGUCUUUGUGUCUCGUGGAGUCUCAGGUGCCCAUCUGAACCCUGCUGUAUCUCUGAGCUUGUGCGUUUUGGGCAGACAUCCCUGGAUGAAACUGCCUUUCUACAUCUUCUUCCAAGUGCUCGGAGCCUUUCUGGCUGCAGCCACCGUUGGCCUGCAGUACUACGAUGCCAUCCAGGCGUACAGUGGAGGUGAGCUGACAGUGACGGGUCCCACUGCCACAGCAGGCAUAUUCGCCACCUACCCAUCUGACUACCUCAGUGUGUGGGGAGGAGUCGUGGACCAGGUGAUAGGCACGGCUGCACUGCUGCUGUGUGUCCUGGCGCUCGGGGACCGGAGGAACAGCCCCCUCCCUGAUGGUCUUCAGCCUGUCCUGGUGGGAGCAGUAGUGCUGGUUAUUGGCAUCUCGAUGGGCUCAAACAGCGGCUACGCCCUCAACCCGGCCAGGGAUUUUGGACCUCGACUUUUCACGUACAUCGCCGGCUGGGGAGUGGAUGUUUUCAAGGCUGGAGGUGGUUGGUGGUGGGUGCCCAUAGUGGCUCCCUGUGUCGGGGCGCUGCUGGGAACACUGAUCUACGAGCUGAUGAUUGAAGUCCACCAUCCUCUCAGGCCGUCUGAGCUCCAGGCGUCAAGUCUGGAGACCACUGAGGGCAAGACAGGGCUAGAGCUGGACUGUGAAAAAGCCACUUAGUGGUAAAUGAAGCCAUGUUAAAGAGGAAAUAAUCUGUCAAUAUGCAGUAAAUGCUAUUUAUGGUGUGAUGCCCAUUGAAGCAGUCUUUGUAAAAAAAACUCAUUUGGUUCUGAUGGUAUGAAUUGUAGGUGAAUGCAACAUGAAAACAGAAAGAAGCUGCAAACACGGCUCUGAAUGUGACCCUCAACUCAGCAGAUGAACCUGCUGCUGCACGAGUCAAUCGUCUGUUUUACACAUUUAUUUCGAAACAGCACAUAAGUGUAUGGCAUUUCAGCAAGCAGACCACAACCAUGGAAAAGAAAAAGACAUAAAAUGUCCACUAUUGAGCUAUAUAAAUAUGAUAUCAUGACAUAUAAAAGAUACAAACAAAAGAAGGCCUCCAUCACGUGACCAUGAAGGCUGUUUUUUUUUUUAAACAUACAAAAGAAAUGUGAGUACAGCAAGCACUGAUUCUGUAGAUAAAAAAGAACCGUCUCAAAGAGAUAAACGUUUGUAUUCAUACACAUUAAGACAACACAACCCCCUCUCGGAUUUGUAAUUACAAUGUCUAGCUACCUCUGGUGGGGAAUUCUUUUGAACUUGAAAUGGUUUUGAAAGGGAACAGUACAAAUACUAUACGCAUUCACAUUAUCAUAGCAAGUUACUAAAACCAGAACGCUUUCUUUUAGUGUAAUAUGUAUUUACAUUGCAAAACGUACACAUAUACUACUGGCAGGAAGCCUGACCUCCCUUCGUCUAGCUUAACGAUUAACAUCACACAUUAUUUACACUACGCAGGUUACGGACCUCCUGUAACCUCGGCUCUCUAAUGAACUUCCUUCAGAUUCUCACCUCACGUCUCUGUUGCAGGUAAAUCGCACCAUAUCUGCCUCACACAAAUACCAACAGCAGUAAUGUGUUUCGUAUAAAUAAAUAUUAUAGCAACAUAAAAAUCAGUGUUAAAAUCUCCAAACACCCCCCUUCAUGAGUCUUGAGAUCAGUUUUAAGCCGUUAAUGAU